CAAGUUACUGAUACUUAAACUUUGACAUCCCAGGUUUAUUUUCAACCAGUUUUUUAUAAAUCAUAAUUCCAUUAGAACAUCUUUUUCAGACAGAAAAUGCAGAGACCAGUGCUGAAGAAGACAGUGGCUUAGAAAUACAUUCAAUGAAUAGUUUUGUUGAAGUUGAGCAUGAUGUAGAUGAGGUUGAUAAUGACAGUAGUGAUGGCGAUUAUCAACCAAGCAACCUAAGUAGUGAUGAAAGUAGUGAUCUUGAUGAAAUUGAGGAAGCAAAUGUUUCAAUAGAAAGGGUUGAUGUUAAUGUAUCAGUUAUGGAUAAAAAAAUUCCCAAGAUAAAUCCCAUACUGCAAGAUUGUCAAGCUUCUUGUAGCUAUUCUGAUGUCAGCAGUUCUAUAACAUCCAAAUUGAGUAACUAUGAGCAGAUUUCUUCUGAAAAAUCUAUUGAAAAUUUAACUGAUACAGUUGUCUGCAAAAUUAAGGGUGAUGCUGUUGAUAUUCCGAAACGAAAAAGUGGUCAUAAAAUGCACUUUUGUUUGUAUUGUAAAAAACGUGUUUGGAACCCUCCUCGACAUUUUAUGAAUAUUCAUAAAACAGAAGAUGAUGUUAAGGAAGCGCUUUUUUACCCAUUGAGAAGUAAAGAAAGGUCUCAGGCGUGGAAACUAAUUACCAGGCAAGGCGAUUACAUAGCUAAUAUAAAUCUUUUAAAAGCAAAUCAAAACAAUCUUUUUGUUGUAAGAGAGUCAUCAGCCAAAGUAAUGGAGCUUGUACCUUGCAUAAAUUGUCAUGGCAUGUUUAAUGCUAAAACUCUUUACAAACAUACUAAAAACUGUAAAGCAAAAUUUAUGGAAAUAUCUUUAAAUAAAAAUUUAUCUUCAAGUCGAGCUAUGCUUGGUGUAGCUGUUGGUGAUAAGAAAUUUGGUGAAGUGCAUGAGCUCAUACUAUCAAAAAUGAAGCGUGACGAUCUUCACCUUAUUAUUCGUAAUGAUAAUUCAUUAUUAAUGUAUGCUGCUGUUGAAAUGCAAAAAAAACAAAAAGAUAGAUAUCAUGACAUAAGGUAUUCUUUGCGUUGCCUUGCUCGAAUCUUGCAAAUAUUUCGAAAGAAUGAUAAGCAAGAAAAUGCUGUUGCAAGUUUGUUGGUAUUACCUGAAAAUUUUGAUCUUAUUACUUCAGCAGUCAAAAUUCUCUCUAAAUAUAAUGGCCCUAGAGAUAUAGGAAAACCUAAUACUUUUCUAAAGGCAGGUUUUUGUUUACGCAAUCUAGCACUUACUGUCAGAGCACUUGCUUUGAGAGAAAAUUGCUCUAUUAAAAUUGAAAAAAUAAGAAACUUUUUAGAGUUAUAUGAUAGUGACUGGCAAGUUAUGGCAGGAAAUGCAAGGUCAACUUAUGAAUCUGAUAAAGCAAAUCAGCCUGAAGAACUACCAUUGGAGGGUGACAUAAUGAUUUUAAGAAAACACAUUUUGGAUGAAAUGAGAGACAGUGUUUAUCGCAUUGAGUCUUCUAGUUUUUCAAAUAAAGAUGUAAAACAACUUGCUAAAUUAACUUUGACACGAGUACUAACUUUUAAUGCUAGGCGUGGUGGCGAAGUAUCAAAAUUAAAACUUUUGCAGUGGCAAGGUGUUGAGGAUGGAAGAUGGAAAAGGCGAACUGAUAUUGACAGCCUUGAUGACCCUGUAGAAAAAAUUCUUGCCGAUCGUAUGCAGGUUUGCUAUAUUGAAGGGAAAAAUAAAAAAGGGAAGAGUAAAAAUGCUUUAGUGCCUAUACUUUUUACAAGUGAAAUGAUUGAUGCUAUUAGAUUAAUUGUAAAGCAUAGGUCAUAUCUAGAUGCUCAUGAUAAUAACCCUUACGUUUUCGCAUACGGUGAGUUUUAUUUAAAAGGUUGGGAUACUCUUCAAAACAUAACUAAGAGUGUUUCAAAUCUUCAACAACCAAGACUUAUAACACCUACAAGAACACGCAAACUUUUGGCAACUAUGAUGCAGCUACUAGAUAUGAACAAUGCUGAAUUAACAUGGCUUACAAACCAUUUUGGUCAUACUAAAGAUGUUCACAUGAAUUGGUAUAGAAAGGAAGACGCUACCAUAGAGCUAACCAAAGUAGCUAAAGUUCUUGUAGCGAUCGAUGAUGGAAAAUCUGUUAAGAACAAGAAGAUCGAUGAAGUUCUUGAUGAAAGUAUUGGAGUUUUGGAAAAUAACUCUCAUGGUGUUAGUGUUCCAAUGGGUAAACCGUCAGGUAAUAGUAAAUGGUAA